UAACUGCGCAUACCUAAGGCAGGUCACUGCUCGUACUAAACCAUUCUUCAAGAUUUUUUCCAGCUCCAGGUGAUACAGACAGGAAGAGUCAAAAGGUAUGUCUUCUCAGCCUGAGUGAUCACUUUAGAAGGGAACAACUCAUGCUAUUGAACAGGUUUGGCGCUGUACAUUUCCAGAAUAAUUUAGCGUAUGUCUGUCCAGAUUCUAAGCCAAAAUGAGACAGGUCACUGCUUAUUUUAUCGUCUACUGGAUGUCAACAACCGUCUUUGGUAAAGACAUAAUGCUCAGGACAACCAGUAACGUGAACGUGACGUGCAUGGAGCGUGUUGUCCUACAAUGUAACAUCAACUCACCAGAGCCUGUUGAAGUCAUAAGCAUGGAAUGGACAAAAGAUUGUAACCACGCUACCUCUAACCCGCAGUGUGACUACACGGAGAACAAAUCUCUAAUGUACAUGAUUCAACAUGCUACACCAGCAAACGCAGGCGAAUAUAAGUGCACUGUAGAGGCGAAGGAGGGUAAUGGCAUUGCCUACUCUACGGUAACAGUAGGAGACUGCGAAGUACAAGUCCUGGGGCACGUUCGGGGUAAUCAGGUGAAAUGCAGUUUCAGUGGUGUUUACACUAAAGGCGAAGUGCACUGGUUCAACAGCACCCAGAACAUUACCUCUGACAUGCCUGACGAGAUUGUGAAAGACCAACAUGGACUGUUUAACAUCAGCAGCACUCUGAGCAUCCCAGACAUCCAGCAGCAGCAUCAGUAUAACUGCUCUCUGUGGCUUCCCAGUAAAGGCUAUGUUACUUCUUAUGAGCCAUCAAUGCCCAUCAGUUUCAUGGACAAAAACAAACUGUCAUGGAUUCUAAUGUUCCUUAGUCUUAUUCUAUCCUAUGGUUUGCUAAUGACAGAAUAA